AUGCGAGACACUAGACGCACCGGCCUCAAAAUCGCCUUUGUCUACGAUCCAAAGGACUACUAUGAAUCCAUAGGAUUUUCCAAGAGUGAAUGCGCCGAUCUAGCGGACGAUGUGACCAUCAACGGCGUAGCAUCAGCCCUCGAAAGUCUCGGCCACCGUGUGGUCCAUGUUCCCGGGAUCAAGACUCUCGUCAAACAUCUCGCAGCAGAGCAUCAUAAGCAAUGGGAUCUUGUGUUCAACUACAGCGAAGGGGUAUUCGGCUCCGCUCGUGAGUCGCAGGUUCCCGCCCUAUUAGAAGCCUAUCAGAUCCCUUUUACCUUUUCCGAUGCGGCGACGCUCGCAACGGGGAUCGAUAAGGGAAAAACCAAGAUGGUGUUAGAACACUAUCGGAUCCCAACUAGUCCGUUUGCCAUCGUCCCCAGGUCCGGCGAACUCGUCGACUACGCCGCCCUGGCAGACCAGAUACCGUAUCCUCUCUUUGCAAAGCCAAUCGCCGCAUCCACCUCGAACGGCAUCUCACCAUCGAACAAGAUCCUCCGAAAGGAAGAUCUCCAAGAUGUUGUGGAGGACCUCCGCGCCGAAUUCAAAGAUCAGGAAAUCCUCCUCGAGAAAUUCUUAGACGGCCGCGAAUUCACAGUAGCCAUCCUUGGGACCGGUGGUCGAGCCCGAGUGCUGGGUGUCUCCGAGGUGACAUGGUACAAUCCGGAGGGACGAAAGAGUGAUGACCUCUCCGUUGACUUCGCCACCAGCUUCUCCAAGGAGGGCAGGGGUGUUGGGCAUGACAUGGGUCAUGUCCAUGCGGACCUGGCCGAUCCACUGGUCAAGGUGGUGGCUGAGAUCGGAUUCUCUACAUACCAAGCACUAGGUUGUAGAGAUGGAGGCCGGGUCGAUAUCCGCCUAGAUGGCGCCGUGCCAUAUGUCAUCGAGGUGAAUCCAAUUUUUGGACUGCGGCCUGAUCACUCUUUGUUCACUUGGAUCGCGAAAAACAACGGAAUGGAAUACCAGGACAUCAUCGCGGAGAUUGUCGACAACGCUCUACUAAGGCAAAAACCGACGACGGUGCCAAAUGGUUUAAAGAAUUGA